UUCUUUUUUUUUUGGUAAAAUACUCACUCAAACAUAGAUGAACCAUCUCUUAUAUAAUGUUCAAUGAUCUUACAUUAAAAAGCUAAGAGGCUCCAAUUAAACUCAACCAUGGAGAAAAUGUCUAAAACUGUUUCUUUCUCUUCCGUUUCUUCUAUAUCAAACCUUUCAGCUCUUCCUUCUUUCAAUUCUAUUCCUUCUUUCAAUUCUCUUCCAGCUUCUCGACUCAAACAAACCUUUUCUCAGUCCAUGAUGGAGGAAGCCUUAGAGGCUGCAGAAACAAUCAUCAAGAAAUGGGAUCCAAACUCACAGUCCUACACAAAGAUCAUCUCUAUGUUCAGAAACAGCAGAAAAGAAGCCAAAGAGUUCAUCAGAUGCGUCCGUGACUUACGCAAGGCCAUGCACUUUCUUGUCUCCCAAGACUCCAAAUCUGACAAGCUAGUGCUUGCACAGAACCUGAUGCAAAUUGGUAUGUCCACGCUGGAGAAAGAGUUCUUUCAGAUACUGUCUUCUAACCGAGACCAUCUUGAUCCUGAAUCAGCCUCUGGUCAUUCCACAAUAUCUAGCAAUUCAGAGUUCGAAGUUGUUAUGGAAAAUGAUGAUGAUGAAUAUGAUGAGUUGAAGAAGGCUGGUGAAUCUAUCUCUCAGGUAGAGAAAGCCUCGGCUCUGGUGAUGUCAGACUUAAAGGUCAUAGCAGAGACCAUGAUCAGCUGUGGUUAUGGUAAAGAGUGCAUAAAAAGCUAUAUGUUGAUCAGAAAGUCAAUCGUUGAUGAAGGGCUACACUUGCUUGGCAUUGAGAAGGUCAAGACCUCUCAGUUUCAAAAAAUGGACUGGGGAAUGCUGGAGCAUAUGAUCAAGAACUGGAUCAAAUCUGCAAAGAUUGGAGUCACAGCACUCUUACGAGGAGAGAAGCUUCUAUGUGAUCAUGUCUUCUCUGUAUCCAUUACAAUAGGACAGUCUUGCUUUAACCAGAUAGCCAAGGAAGCAGGACUCAAUCUUUUCAUGUUCCCGGAGCUCGUCGCCAGUAAGGAGAAGAAACCACACCAUGAGAGGAUCUUCAAGCUGAUGGAUCUCUAUGCAGCUAUCUCUGACCUUUGGCCAGACAUAGAAAUGAUAUUCAGCUUUGAUUCAUUAGCUUCUGUGAAAACUCUUGUCCUAUCAACGCUCAAGAAACUCAAGGACUCCAUCCACACGUGUCUAAAGGAGUUUGAGGUGACAAUACAUAAGGAUUCUUAUAAAGAACUUACUCCUGAAGGAGGAGUUCACAAGCUGACUCGGACAAGGAUGAGUUUCAUAUCAUCGUUGUCAGAAUACAGCCGUGUCUUGUCUGAGAUCCUUGCAGAGAAUCCUCUUAAGAGAAACACUCGUUUGCUAGAAUAUUACUUCACGUCUCCAAUCUUGGAAGAUGAACAUGUAAACAACCACGCGUUCUCGGUCUAUCUAGCUUCUCUCGUACUUGUUUUCCUAUGCAAGCUAGACACCAAAGCAGAGAGUUACAAGGAUGUGUCUCUCUCUUAUAUCUUCCUUGUGAACAACCUUCAGUUUGUGGUUAUUACCGUUCGUUCAAAUCGCCUCAAGAACCUCCUCGGAGACGAUUGGCUCACCAAGCACGAAGCAAAACUCAAAAGCUAUGCUGCAAAAUACGAGAUAGCAGCUUGGACUAAUGUUUUCGCAUCUUUACCAGCGAAAACCAGUACCAAGCUAUCACCAGAGGAGGCCACAACAUGUUUUAAGAGAUUCCACGCAUCAUUCGCAGGAGCAUACAUGAAACAAUCAUCUUGUGUCAUAGAGGAUGCAAAGCUUAGGGACGAGCUUAAGGUUUCAAUAGCAAGGAAACUUGUACCGGAGUACAGAAAGUUCUACGAGAAGUACUUGCUAAUGCUGAGACAGGACAGAAACAUAGAGACGUUGGUGAGUUUUAAGCCUGAUAACUUGGAGAACUACCUCUCAGAUCUUUUCCAUGGAACAACAAUUAUCAGUGGCUCUUCUCAUUCUGCUUCUUCUUCUUUGUCUUCUUCGUCUUGUUGCUCAAUUGGAUGUGUAAAAAACUAAAGCUCACAGUUAGAAGAUUGUCUCAGAGAGAAUAUUGAUGCAUACAAGUUUCAUGAUUGAUGCACUUCCUUUCUUGUCACUAUCUUCUGUUAAACUAACGUAAACGCAACAUAUGAGAGAGCUUAUUGUGAGUUUUGGUUAA